ACCCACUCAACGUUAUCUGAUACAGAAAAACGGAGUUGGUUUUUCGCAUUUUUCUUCCGGUGUUCUACAUUUUGUAACAUUUUUUGCAAUUUAUUUUAUUGUUCUUGUUCCUACAAUGUCUAAAUCUGUCAAAAAGCAAGUGGAAGAGGCCAGGGAACACAACAGUCCCGAUCUGGAUUUGAGCGAUAGAGGCAUCAAUAGACUGGCUGACAUCCCUGGACUGUUUACGCUACGAAACCUGACUCGCUUGACGUUAAGCCAUAACAAGAUUGAUGUUCUUCCACCAAACAUUGUGGAGCUUGUCUCCCUAGAGACGCUCAACUUGUUCAAUAAUCACAUUGAAGAGCUCCCAACGAACAUUAGCUCCAUGCAAAGUCUCAAGUACCUCAAUGUUGGAAUGAACCGUUUGUACAGUUUGCCGAGAGGCUUUGGUGCCUUCCCUAAGCUUGAGGUCCUGGAUGCAACGUACAACAACCUGAAUGAAAACAGUCUCCCUGGAAACUUCUUUCUUCUUGAAUCAAUGAGAGGGAUAUAUUUUUCCGACAACGAUUUUGAGAUCAUCCCUGAAGAUGUUGGUCAGCUAAGCAAAUUAGAAGUGCUGGCAAUGAGAGACAAUGAGUUAAUAGCUCUACCAAAGGCUAUCGGGGAUCUGCAAAAAAUGAAGGAGCUUCAUAUUCAGGGAAACAGACUCACCGUUCUACCCCCAGAACUGGGCAAGAUUGACCUGUUCAGUGGCAACACGGUCUUCAAGGCGGAGAACAACCCUUGGGUCCCGCCCAUUGCUGACCAGUUCCAGGUGGGCGUGUCUCAUGUCUUUGAUUACAUCAGAUCAGACACGUACAAAUAUUUGUACGGUCGCCACAUCCAAGCUGGGGCCGCCCCUCCACCGAAGACCAACAACAGAGCCAAGAAGAUCAGUCGACGAGAAGUGUGGGGAAAGAAGUAAAUAUACAAGGAGGUACCAAUCCUGAAAUAUCCAGGCUCUCUCUUGUCUCAACAGUCCGAGAUCUUCCUCAUUUAUAAAAAAAAAGCAACAGUAAGACGUUAUUCUGGAAACAAGAAACUUGGUUGUAGCCCUCGGAGGAGUGUGUAGAAUGUUUUGAAUGUGGGAAAUCUUGGGAGAUCUUUCUCACCUUUGUCAUUGUUGAUCUUCAAUAGACCCCUGUGUCGUCUCACGCUCAAAAGGCGCCCUCACUUGGGUCCAACAGCGCCCUCACUGGGGUCAAAGGAGGCAAAUAGCUGUUCUUUGUGCGUAAGAAGAGCACGUGAGCCCAGCGUCAUUUUGCAUUAUGCAAGGGGUCUAUUGAGGCACUUGCUGUUCUGAAGAAAGUAAAUUAUCAAAUUUUAACUGAGAGUUUUCUCCACAAAAACUGCAUACUGUAUGGUUGUAACACGGAAGAGUCCAACUUGAAUCGAGUCUAAACGUAGUCGCAAUGCAUUAAAAAACUUGAACUUGCUAAUUCAAUUUUUUUGUUAACUCACACAAAUGCCUUAAGUACUUUGCAAUUGCAAAGGAUUUUUGAAUUUCCCGUGCACGGCUUGAAUUUGUUAGAAAAAUCCACAAGGUUACAAGUGGCUUGUAACUAAAAAAUGUUGGCUAGACCAGAAAAGACCGAUCCAUUAAGCUCCGCCCCAUCGCCUAUUGACCAAUCACAACGCAACGAAGGUCCGACACUAAGGUC